GCCUCAGCGGGCAGGAUGGCGAGGAGGAGCCACUGCGAAGAACUACCUUUCCCAGUGCGCUCCGCAGCAGAGCAGGGCGGUGCGCAGAGCCGCGCAGGAGAGGCGGCAGCAGCUGUGGCGCCUGCGCGCAGCUCAGCGCUGCGACCGGCCUCGGCGGUGACCUCGGGCGGGCGGAGGAAGAUGGCGGCUGCGGGCCUGUCCCUGAAGGUGCGGCAGCUGAGCACGACGGCGGCGAGGCCGCUCUCCAAGCUGGUCAAGCCCCCCAUCCAGGUGUACGGGCUGGAAGGGCGCUAUGCCACUGCGCUCUACUCCGCCGCCACCAAGCAGAAGAAGCUGGAGCAGGUGGAGAAGGAGCUGAGCCGAGUAUGGACACUCUUGAAGGACCCUAAGCUGUCCAGUGUUGUUAUGAACCCUCACACCAAGAGCACAGUUAAACAAAAAGCGGUGAACGAUGCCUUGGUAAAGGAGAAGAUGUCUCCUCUAAUUGUCAACCUGAUGAAUUUGCUUGCUGAAAAUGGUCGCUUGCGCUACACACCAGACAUUGUCUCUGCGUUUGGGAAGAUCAUGAGCGCGUACCGAGGAGAAGUGGUGUGCACAGUCACCACUGCACAGCCCUUGGAUGAUGCCAGCCUCACUGAGCUAAAAAGUGUCCUGGGAGGAUUCCUGGCUAAGGGAGAAGUCCUGAAGCUGGAGACCAAGACUGAUCCAUCAAUCCUUGGUGGCAUGAUUGUCAAUAUUGGGGAGAAGUAUGUGGACAUGUCAACAAGGUCAAAGAUCCAGAAACUCACCAAAAUCAUGAAAGAGACUGUCUAGAAAUCUGUCCCUAGUCAUUUAUGGUGAACCCUGUCAGAUGGAAACAAUAAAAUUAUUUCAUCUUGA